UUAUUAUUAUUGUUUAAAUCAUCUAUGCCAUCUCGUGAAAUCAUCUCUAUCCACGUCGGUCAGGCUGGUGCCCAAGUUGGCAAUGCAUGUUGGGAGCUCUACUGUCUUGAGCAUGGCAUUGACAAUGAUGGCUUUGUCAAUGGUUAUCAAACGCAACAACAACAACAACGAGGCCAAACCAAGGGUUCCUACUCUACCUUCUUCCAAGAAUCAUCCUGCAAGAACAAAUUAGUACCCAGGACAGUCUUUAUUGAUUUGGAACCAACUGUUGUGGAUCAGGUGAGAUCAGGCCCCUACGGCAAGCUCUACCACCCCGACCAGCUCAUCACUGGCAAGGAGGAUGCCGCCAACAACUUUGCUCGAGGUUACUUCACUGUUGGACGCGAGUACAUUGAUCAAAGUGUUGAGAUCAUUCGUAAGCUAUCGGACGACUGUGACAGUCUCCAAGGCUUUAUGAUUUUCCAUUCAGUUGGCGGUGGCACUGGCUCUGGUUUGGGAGCAAUGUUGCUCGAGAGGCUCAACAAUGAGUACGGCAAGAAGACCAAGCUGGACUUUAGCAUCUACCCGUCUCCCAAAGUGUCCACCUCAGUAGUAGAACCUUACAACUCUGUGCUCGCAACCAGUCAUCUGAUCGAGGGCACUGAUUGUGCCUUUGUAUUGGACAACGAGGCCAUCUACGACGUCUGUAAGCGCAACUUGGGUAUUGAAGUUCCAUCCUACACCAACCUAAACAGACUGGUCGCGCAGGUCAUCUCAUCCCUGACCUCUUCGUUGCGCUUUGACGGUUCACUCAACGUUGAUCUCAACGAGUUCCAAGUCAACCUGGUGCCCUUCCCCAAGAUCCACUUUAUGCUCUGCUCCUAUGCCCCGAUGAUCUCUAGGGAGAACGCCAACCAUACUUUGUUCAACGCCAGCUCUCUAACUCGUGCUGUAUUCGAGCCAUCCAACCUAAUGGCCGUGUGUGAUCCAAACAAGGGCAAGUACAUGGCGUGCUGUCUCAUGUACCGUGGCAAUGUGACACCCAAAGAGGCCCAGCAGUCUAUUACCGAGGUGAGGAACAAGAAGACUCUGUCCUUUGUGGAUUGGUCACCCUGUGGAUUUAAGUGCGGCAUCAACAGCGUACCACCCACAUGCGUCCCACAAGGAGAUCUUGCCAAGGUGGAGAAUGCUGUGUGCAUGGUUGCAAACACGACCGCCGUCACUCAGGUGUUCAAGAGGAUCAACGACAAGUUCGACCUGCUCUAUAAUAAGCGUGCCUUUGUUCACUGGUUCGUUGGAGAAGGAAUGGAGGAAAUGGAGUUCACCGAGGCUCGCGAACAGUUGAUGUAUCUCGAGCGAGACUACAAUGACAUCGAGACUGAUGAACUUGGCUGCGGUGGUGGUGGUGCCGACGAAGAG